AUGACGAAGAAACACUUAGAUGAUCAUAUUGUUGACAGCAGAAGUGAUGAAUUAUCUUCUUGGUCAGGUACCCACCCUGUAUCUUUAACAGCAUCAGCUUCUUCCACAGAAGCCUCCCCUGUCUUUGACGAGCCUUUCACUGAGGGUGGGAAAGAGAAACAUAAGUCGGAGGAGUCUGAAGCACUUUACACUGAUCGACCCUUUAGUCUUCAAGAGAAGUCCCCUGACAUACAUAGCAGAAGACCCAAAGAGUCUGCAGAAGAAACCAAAUCACAGAAGGAAUCUUCUUACGCCGAUUCCAUCGAACAUGAGCAGCCAUCUCUUGGAACGACGUCCUACUUUGCGUUGUCUGGCCAUCCAGAGCUGUUCUCUAGAGAAUCUAUGUCAAGCACAGAGAUAGACAUUAUCGAUGUAGACUCCUCAGAAGAUCAGGAGUUUGAUGUCGAAGAGUCCAAACCCAGCUCUGGAAGGCUGAAACCUGCUGUAAGUGGUUUCAGAAAACGCAAGUCACGCAGGGAAACCCAACGAGCCGAUCAUGAUGUUCACACCUCCAGUGAAAGUGAGGAUGAGGAGUUCCCAGAUACCCAGAUACCAUCUCCCUCACCAUCGACUGCUUCCGCCGAUAUCACUACCUCUGUCUUUGUAGAGCCGAUUACUGAGGGCGGUAAGGAGGAAUGUAAGUCAGAGGAGAGUGCAGCACUAUCCUCUGAUGCGUCUUCUAAACCUUUUUCCAAAUUAGAAAGUCUCAAAAAAGAAUCUGCUGUCAAAGACUCGACUACAAAAACUGAGGCAACGGCUCGGGUAGCAGCAUUAGAGCGUCUCUCUGAAUCUAAAAAGUAUAAGGAUCAACCCGUUGCAACAACAUCGAAACGUCAAACUCUCAAGAAAGAAGGUGUGUCACAAGGCAGGGCUUCAGACCAUAAGUCUGAACGCAAAAAAACCAAAACCUUCUUGGAAAAGUUGAAAUCUGCUUUUAGAGGCUUGGCGGAAAAAACUAUAUUUAGAAAGACCCAACAGACUGGGGAGAAGCACUUAGAAGAGGAUAACGUUGGCAAAAAGCGCAAGCGUAGCGAUUCUAAGGCAUCUCUUCGGGAAUAUUUAGGGGCACCAUCUAAAACACUGUCUGAGCAGAUUGGCACAGGAACCAGCUCUGCCUUUGUAAAGCCAAUCACUGAUGGUGGAGUGGAGGAAUGUAGGUCUGAGAAGACUAAAGCCUCUGAGGAAUAUCCUAAACCACUUCCCAAAGUAGCAAAAAGACUUGAAGAGGAAUCCACUGUCACCGAUCUGAUUCCACAAACUGAGUCAACAUGUGAAACCACGGCACAGGUAGAACCAUCAGAGACUCAUGAUGAAUCCAAAGAAGCUGUGGAUAUUCCUGUUGCAGUGACGUUGAGGACUCAGAUUGAGGAUGGAAAAGAGGAAUAUAAAUCAGAGAAGACUGAAGAACUUCCCUCUGAGGAAUAUCCUAAACCUUUUUCCAAAUCCGUGGAGAGUCUUGAAGAGGAAUCCACUGUCACCGAUCUGAUUCCACAAACUGAGUCAACAUGUGAAACCACGGCACAGGUUGAACCAUUCGAGACCCAUGAUGAAUCCAGAGAACAGGUUGAACCAUUAGAGACUCACGAUGAAUCCAAAGAACAAGUUGAACCAUUAGAGACUCACGAUGAAUCCAAAGAACAAGUUGAACCAUUAGAGACUCACGAUGAAUCCAAAGAACAAGUUGAACCAUUAGAGACUCACGAUGAAUCCAAAGAACAGGUUGAACCAUUAGAGACUCACGAUGAAUCCAAAGAACAGGUUGAACCGUUAGAGACUCACGAUGAAUCCAAAGAACAAGUUGAACCAUUAGAGACUCACGAUGAAUCCAAAGAACAGGUUGAACCAUUAGAGACUCACGAUGAAUCCAAAGAACAGGUUGAACCAUUAGAGACUCACGAUGAAUCCAAAGAACAAGUUGAAACACUAGAGACUCUUGAUGAAUCCAAAGAACAGGUUGAACCAUUAGAGACUCUUGAUGAAUCCAAAGAACAGGUUGAACCAUUAGAGACUCUUGAUGAAGCCAAAGAACCUGUGGAUAUUCCUGUUGCAAUGACUUCGAGGAGUCACACUGAGGUUGGAAAAGAGGAAUAUAAAUCAGAGAAGACUGAAACACGGUCCUCUGAGGUAUAUCCCAAAACGUUUCCCAAAAUAACAGAAAGUGUUGAAGUGGAAUCCACUGACACCGAUUUGAUUAUAAAAAUUGAGUCAACGUUUGAAACCGCAGAACAGAUAACGCCAUUAGAGACUCAAUCUGAAUUCAAAGAACUUGCAGGUAAAGAUAUUGGAACAACGGUGAGGAGCCCGACUCUGACGAAAUCGUCCGUGUCAUCAGGAAGCUUUUCAGUAUCGACAGUCAUUAACAUCAAUGAGAAACAGAUACCCAGCGAAGACCAAAAGUCUGAACGCAAAAUAUACCAUACUUUCUAUGAAAAGCUAAAAUCUGCUUUUAAGAACAUAACAAAACCAAAAUUACAACAAAAGACCCAAGAGAGAGGAGAGAAGAGCUUAGAUAAGCAUAGAAUUGACAAAAGCAUUGAAUACGACAUUUCUGAGCCAUCGUUUCAGACUGACUCCGGGGCAAAAUCCCCAAAAUCACCAUGUGUUUCCACCAAAAUCUCCUUUGUCCAUGUAAAGCAAACCCCUGUAAGUGGAAAAAGGAAAUGUAAGUCGGUGAAACCUGAAACACGUCUCUCUGACGCAUCUCCUAAGCCGUCUUCCAAAUUAACAGAAAGUCUUGAAAAGGAAUCAACUGUGAAAGAUUUGGUUACAACACAUGAAACCACGGCACAGGAAGAAGCUUCAGGGACUCAUUCCAAAUCAGAACCCUUGGAUCGCAUUGCAUGCAUGAGGAAGGUGGCGAGGUACAUGUCUUCAAUGGACUCCUCUGAAUUCACUCACACUGCGUGUGACCUGAUAGUGUCCAAAAUCCAAGAUCUACAUCUGGACUCAUCUGGUCAAGACCUGAAUGACGUGUCGGAUGCAACACGAUUGGACCUCAGUUCUUUCUAUACAGGGUUAAUCAAGGAGGCAGAAAAUGAAGGGCUGGUUGAGUCAGAGGUUUCUGCCACAUCAUCAAGCGAGCAUACCGAUGAGAAGCACACUCAAAUGAAAUUGGACGUCCAGAAAAAAUUAGCAUUGAUACCAUCAGAGCAUCUGGCUGACUUAAAACAAUCGGUUAUUACUACCAUUAUGGGGGUCUUUGAUUUCAUCGCCAAAAACCCCACAGAAUACAUCCCAGACACAACAAAAAUAGACACCAUAACAAACACACUCGUUACGAAUGUAGAAUCCAUCUUUAAAGGCCCAGAAAUGCAAUCUGCACAUUCCACAGGUGGAGCAGCAAAAUUCCUGGCCAUCCCCAGUGAAGCCGGUUCCACCAAAAGCUGUUGCUCCCGAUGCAAAGAGGAAGGAGCAGAUUCCUUCCUGCAGAUUGGAAAUGUGAGUUAUUUCCUGAUGAUUGUGAAGAGUGGUUAGAGCUGAAAAUGAAAGGUCA